UGGCACAGAAAAGAUUUGACCCAGAUUCAAAGCUAUUUGAUAUGAAAACAUACCUCAAUGAUCAAGUCAGAACAAAGGAUAUGGAUGAGUUGAUCAGGAUGGAUAACAACUUAAACUCUGAGAUCAGAACUUUAGACGGAGAAUUACAAUCAUUGGUAUAUGAAAACUACCAUAAAUUCAUAUCCGCAACUGAUAUAGUUACAAGUAUCAAAAAUAACAUGACUGAACUUGACCAAGAGCUGGAAUCUCUCAAAGAUUCAAUCAGUAAGGUAAAUACUUCAUACUCAAAUGUUGACAACAAGCUCAAGUACAAAUGGAAGGAGAUUAAAAGACUUGACACCUUAGAGAAGGAUCUUCAGAAGCUUAAGAACCUGAGAGAUCUUCCUGAUAACUUCAAAGAAGCUAUCGAUGCAUACGAGGAAGACUCAGAGAGCAUUUCUGUUCUUGAAAAACCUAUUAAGCAAUACAUUGACUACAAGAAGAUUUUGGAAAACUAUAAAGACACCAACUUCUUAAAAAGUCUUUAUGAAGAAAUCUCUGUUUAUGUGAUGAAGGUCAAGAACUACUUGAGAAGAGAUAUCGAGAGAGAGGACAGAGAUUCAGAUGAGUUUUACAAAAUGGCCAAGUAUCUUAUAAAACUGGGUGUAGAUCCUAGUGAUAUCAGAACUGUAUUUUGAAAUUUCAAAUUAGUCAAUAUUGAUAAGAAAAUUAAGGUAAUCCGAGCUAGCGCUUCCAUUUGUGAAGAAGUUGAUCCUAAAAUUCAGAAGAAAUUGCUCGAUGCGUAUGGCAAGAAGUUAGAACAAUCUCAUUACAAGGCUGAAGAAGAGAAGCUGGCUGAGGAAGAGAAAAGCCAGAUAAUUAAAGAGAAGAGUAUUGAACAUCUCAGGCAUUCUAAAUUUGAUAAGAAGGUUAUUAUUAAAGAGCUAAAUGAAAGGAACACUGUCAAUAUUGGUGUUCUGAGCUCUUCACAGCUUAAGAAAGGAACUGUUACUUGGUUUGUGAAAAAGUUUGGAGAGAAGCUAUUUGACUUCAUUGAUUCUACUAUAACUGAGUUCAAAUAGCUUAUUCCCUGACGAUAUUAAACCAAUGAAGCAAUUCCUAAACAAGUUUUUUAAUAUUUACAUGGGAAAUUUAAAGGAACUUCUGGGUGCUACUUAUUUAAGCUAUUACAACAUGACAGAAUGUCUUUCAACAAUCCAUCGUCAAGCAUCCCAAUUUGAAGCAAAAAUCAAGAUCAAACAUUUCAGUUUGACAGAUAGAUUUUGUGAAAUUGCUGAAGCCACCAUAAGAACUCAGCUAAUCAACAGCAUGAAGAAACUGUAUAAGAAAACAGCAGAUUACUUACAUCAAUUCAGUUUGGAUUGCCAGGGUAUCCAUAAUAACUCGUCUACAUAUACUCACGAAGAACAACAAUAUGCUCUAAAUGAACUAGUAGAGAAUACUUAUGACUUAUUGAUGACUGAAUGCUCAUUAACUAUUGGUGAGGCAAGGCCUCUUGUUAAAUACCAAGAGCAGUUCCUUGGAGGAAAUAAUGCCUUUAUAUCUCUGAUUCAUAACCAGAUUGUAGAAUACUUCCAGGUCUUUGCAGAAAUGGUCAAAGCUAAUCUUGAAAAAUCUAGUUUUGUUCAUCAUGACACUGAGGAGAAUAGUAAAAGCCAAGACAGUUCAGCUGAGAUGGAUCUGGAUGAAGAAAAGAAGAUCAAAGGGCUGGCAGGUCAGUCUCUUAAAGAGCUUGAAAUUGUUCCUCUUAAUAGCUUCAAUUUACUCUGAUUGAUGAAUAUUUGUAAGAAGAUUAAGGAAAAGGGAAUGACUCAGGUUGUUUCAAUUGUCAACGAGUUGGUACAUGCCGAAGAAACCAAAGAAUCAGAAACUCUUUUGGGCUCAGUUGAGCUCUGGAGCAACUUUGAGAUGGACAAAGUUCCGAUCAUUAAAGUGAAGUUAAAGUCUUUAUUGAAGCACUGCAUAAAGUUUUAUGUGUUAUUUAUUUCAAAGUUUGUUAACGAAAAAUUAAGAAAGUAUGUCAGAAAAUUCGAUUUUUAUUAUGAAGAAGAACCUGUACUGAUUAGCCAUGAAGUUGUCGAAAUCUUCAGAAGGUUCAAACAAGAAUGGAAGCACCUCGACCUCGUUGACAACGAAGCUGCCAAAGCUAUCAGUCCCUUCGCUCAAAUUCCAACUCCGGAGUUGCUCGAGAAGUCGAAGAAGCAUGGAAGCAUCAUGCUCGAAAUGGAUAUGUUUAGUUCAAGAAAAAAGAAGAUCUUUUCCGGCAUCCAAGUCAGCAGGUUCUCGAUCUUUGCGGCCAUUGCACUGUCGACAUUCAAGACGCUGUGCGAGCGGAUUCGUAGGACGAGACUUUCGCAGAAAGCGUUCGAGCAGCUGCAUGCAGACAUUUCGUUCAUGUUCAAGAUGACUCUGAGUUUCUGAAAGAACGAAGACGUAGCCAUCAUCAAUGGAAUCGUCAACCAAGUGAUGUACACGGUGAUCAACAGAUGCGUAGAGCACAAACACCUUGACGUGCUGAUAGUUAACAACAUGGUCAACCUGGCUCAGAAGAAGCUGGAGAAGGCCUAAUUUUGGAAGAAAAAUAGAAUU